AUGCCCACUUCAACAAGAUCAUCCAACAAUGAAGGCGAUGCAGCCAACACCUCACCGGAGAAGGCUGCUGGGUCCAAGCAUGGAAUUGACGAAAAGGCUUCCCCGGAACCCAAGCGAACCAAGACAUCAGAUGAGAAGGAGCAGAAAACGAUUGAAGAGACAUUGAAUGGCGGACAACACUCGAAUAACAAGAAAGAGGAGUCAGCCCAGGAUAGCUCCGCCAAAGAAUCAAAAGAGACCAAAGACCUUGAAGAGACCAGAGAUUCUGAGGAGGCAAAGGAGCCGGAACAAUCCAAGAAGGAAGAUGGAAAAGACGCAAAAGGCACGACUGCCGUCAAGGAUGGAUCGGCCGAGGAACCCAAGGCUCGCGAAGGAGCUGUGCCCGCCAGCAUUCUCGAAAAGGGCAUUAUCUAUUUCUUCUUCCGUGGGCGUGUCGGUAUCCAAGAUCCAAGCAGUGUUGAUGACCUUGCUCGAAGCUAUAUCGUCCUCCGACCUAUUGCCAAGGAUGCCAAACUUGGUGAAGGCACAAUUGGCGAUGCUGGAAACAGCCGACUGAUUGCCAUUCCCAAAAAGGUCCUUCCCCUCAGUGGCAAGGAUAGGUGGAUCGCUUUUGUUGAAAAGACAAACGCCUCGUUCCAGACGCUCAAGGAUGAGUUCCUUUCUGGUUCAGAUUAUGUCACCAAGACUGCUGGAACCCGACACACUCCCGCUGCUACACCUGUAGGCGAGGGCAUCUACGCCAUCACGACGACCGGCAGAGAAAACCACCUUGCCUAUAUGCUUACCCUUCCCUCCGAACUUGGAGAGGCACAGAGAGAGAUUGGUCUUCGGGAGCGCGGUAGCUUCAUCAUCUCUACUCGAAACCCUGACUACGAUGCCCCCAAGAAUGUCGCCCUCCCGCAAGGAGCCGAGUAUCCACAAGAAGUCAAGGAUGAUUUCCGCUCACUUCGAUGGACGGCCACAAGCCCCAAGCACUUGGAUUAUGUCAACACCCAAUUUCUUCUGAUAGGCGAGUCAUCGGGUCUCGAAAAGGCCACCGAGCCACAGAAGAAGGAUCAAGAAGCUGGAAAGGAGGAACCGCUUGAGGAGCUGGAGAAGCUAGAGGAUGAAGAUACCCAUCGAAUGGAGGACCUAAAGGGUGACGAUUCGGCAGCCAUCUAUGCUGACCUCGACGUUCAUGCCAAAGACUACCCAAAGCUACAGACUACUUUCUAA